CAGUGAUAUAGUAUCCUAUAUGUAGUACUGUAGUAUCUGCUCUUUCAGAGGCUUUGCUACUAGGAAAUAGUGGAACAGGCUGUGUGGGAUUGAAGCUAGGUGUGCUUUUGGGUGUGCCCUCCUACACCUCAUCAAACUGACAGAUCAUGACCGAACCUGGUUCCUGGCUGUGACUUGAGACGUGCACACGGUUUACAAUGGAUUUGUCCAAUUCUUGGUUGAUUUUGUUUUUUCUUUUGGCAGAGACUGGUUUCUGCUCUGGGGACCAGCUCGUGAUGCCUGCAGAGGUGAGCGGUGUGCGGGGGAAGAGCGUGAAUUUCACGGCACAAGGUUUUCCCGGUGAUGUCAGUAUGGUGACGUGGACGUUCACCCCAAAAACUGGAUCGAGUGUGCCAGUGUACACGGCCACCCCGACCAACGAGAAGGUCCCAGACGCGUACAAGGGCCGCGUGAAAUACAACAGGACCUUGCACACACUUGAACUCAGCUCUCUGACUCCCACCGACAACGGAGUUUAUAUUCUGACUGUAGUCGACAGCAAACUGGAUCAGAUGGUGGGUCAGACUUCCCUCCGAGUCCUGGAACCUGUGGCUGAUGUGACUAUCACCUCCAACAUGCCUGAAGCAGUGGAAUUCAACAGCACUGUAAUCCUCACCUGCAAUGCAAAGGGUCUAUCCUGUCAUACAGUUGGCUGAACAACUCCAAUCCUGUGGUGGUGGAUGGGAUCCAUAUAGUGCAGAAUGACAGCCAGCUCAUCAUUAAUCAAGUUUUCCGUAACGAUCUGCUAGGGCAAAUCUCCUGCACAGCCAAGAACCAACUGGAAUCUUUAACAAGUGCCACUUUCAACCUCACCGUCAACUAUGGUCCUGAGCUUGUCAAAAAAACACAAGAUCCUGUUCUUGAUUUCAUGAAGAAGGGAUCCAACCUGACGAUGUCAUGCACAGCUCAGUCCAGCCCUGCUGCUGAAUUCAUUUGGGUUUUUAAUGGAAACAUACUUCCCCAGAAGACGGCUACAAUAGUUCUCUCAAACCUGGGAGAGGAGCAGAGUGGCAACUAUAGCUGUCUGGCCUACAACAGUAAGACUCAGCGCUAUGUCACUUCAGAGGUCACGAAAUUUUCUGUACUAGAAGCUAUUUCAGGCACAAGCAUCAUUGCCCCUACUUCACCGCUUAUUGCUGGUAACAGCACAGUGAAUCUUACAUGCACAUCCAGUAUGGGGAAAGCGGACAGCGUGCAAUGGAAAAAAGAUGGCAAUCCUCUGGAAAAUAGCAAUCGCAUCACCUUCAGCCCAGACGGGAAAACUGUCUCCAUCCUCACAGUACAGAAGGAGGAUUCUGGAGAGUACAGUUGUCAACUGAAGAAUAAAAUUAGCAGUGACGGUAACAAUUACAAGCUAACCAUCAACUAUGGACCUGACAAUAUGGCAAUAAAGGGAGAUAAACAGGCCUUGGUGGGCCAGCCUGUGAGGAUGGAUUGCUCUUUUGCCUCCUUCCCAGCUCCCACAUUUGUGUGGAAAUUCAAUGACACUGUUCUGAUUGGCGAGGAGAAAGAAUGUUUGACAAUCCCAAAUUUUGAAAACUUCAACAGUGGUAUAUAUACUUGUGAAGCAUUUAAUCUCAUCACCGGACUCAAAAGGACUGCCACCCACAAUCUCCAGGUUAAGGAGGCAGCACAGGAACAAAAUGGCCUGUCUAGUGGAGCAAUCGCAGGAAUUACCAUAGCUGUUCUAAUAGCCGUGGCAGUCAUUAUUGGUGUCUGCAUCAAAAAGAGGCGAAAGGUUUCAGAAAUUCCAUCACCAUAUUAAAGUGAAAACAUCUCUAGAAAAACCCUUGGAUGUGCAGCAAUUCUUCAGCCAUGUUUGUCUUUAUUUUUCACCCCACAAGAUGAUUCCACAGGGGCAGCUGGAGGAACUGCCCUCAUUAGUGGAACGCAAUUUAGGGCUGGCCUCUCUCUCUAACCCCCACACUUUCAUUCAUAAAGAUUGUCUUUCUUCUCCCUUCCAAAUUCCAACUCAGGUUCUCUCUUGUGGGUCAGGAAAACCCCCCACAUUAAAAUCUGCCCCCUAUAUUUUUACCGCUCUGAAAAAGUACACUGUUUUAAUUUCAGACCCCCGUAAUGCAACAGACAUCAAUGUAAUACAAUUGGUCCCCCAUAAUGAUUCUUAAGAUGUGAAAUUUAAUCCGUUUUAAAGUAUCAAAAGAUUCCAGCAACCCAGAGAUAUUUUAGUAAGAUGUAUGUUUAGAUAUGAAGUAUAAACAGGGCAGUGUAAAAGAUUAAAUAGGACUUUUUUUAUUGACUAGGGUUUGUAUGACUAAAUAAUGCUACAGUCAUUUAAUAGGUUUUUUUUAAUGCAAAAUAAUACAUUCAUAUAUUUGCACAUUUAAAGAUUCUGAAAAUGCACCUUUGUGGAAUUAUUGGUCGCGAUUCCUGAAAUUUGCGAACGCAGCAAAUUAGGCUCAGACUCAAAUUAAACUCACAUUAUGCAGACUAAUUCAAAGUGAAACCAAACAGAUUUAUGUGAUUUAUGCUACAUCACAAGGCCCAAACUAUCUGAAUAGGCCAGCCUACCUCAACCAUGCAGUAAAAGCGUAGAUUUAGCAGUGAGCAAAGCUGAAAAUGUUGCUAUUCUGAAUACCUCUUCACCUCUUCACUGCAGGCACAGCCAAAUCAGGUAAAAAAGAAAUGUUUUCCCAGCAUAUUCUGUGUUAGAAACUAAUUCAGACAUACUUAAUUUAUAUCCAGUUGUUUCCAGUAUUUGCAGACGGUAGUCAAAGCGAUCUCACCUGCUGAAAGUCUAGUAUGAGCACCGAUUUAUUUUUACCUGCUUUACUUCAAGAGUCAAGAGCGAUAACUGCAGCGACUAGCAAAUGUGCUAAUGUACUAGUCGGUACUCCACACCGCUCUGUAUAGCUCCCAAAAAGAGUUGUUCUUAGUUUUGUUUUGUAAUUAGCACACCAAAUAGGAUACUGUUAAAAAAAAAAAAAGGUUUUCAGUGUUACAUACACCAGGCCGAAAACUGCACCAACUACCGAAUAUUUUUUGUUUAUUUAAUGUUCUUUUUUCAGGUUUGUUUUAAAACUAAUGCCAAGGGUAAGAGAUUAUCCUUGAAAAUAAGUUUGAUUUGUGGACACUAAAUACUAGUGUGUGUGUGUGUGUGUAUGUGUGUGUGUGUUCAUUGUAAAUGUGGAGAUUGUUUUUUGAAAAAUACCUGCAUUCUGUUCUGACAAUCGUGCUGACAAAUGUUAAUUAUUCCAUGUUUUUAAAUAUUUAGAAGUGAUGUUGUAGAGAAAAGAUUUCACUGAGCUGUAAAGUACAUGUGACAAACAAAAAGCAAAUCACACCACCACUUUUAAUUGCCCAUUGCUGGUACAUAAACUGACACAACUUCAGAUGUAUUUUUCUUUUUUUUUCUUUUUUUUUUUUUUUUUUUUUUUUUUUUGCUAAAGAAUUUGAUUAAAUAAUUCUGGUUGUAAUUAUGAAUAAAUUGUUGUUGACUUUUGACAAAAACUAGAGUGCUUUAAGGAUUCUAUGUAUUAAAAUUGGAAUAUAAGAAAAUAAAUUACUAAUUUUUUUAACAUGG